AGGACCUCAGAGAUCCAGACCCUGACAGGACGGACAGCAGCAAAGAUGAAAGCAGCUCAAAUCCACACUGGGAUUCUGGUUCUGAUGGGGCUUUCUGCUGCAGCAGGCCUGUUGAAGGUCGACGUCUCCCCGGACGGGGKCAGCAGCGGGGGGGACACCAUCAGCCACCCCCUGACCCUGGUGCAGCGCCUGGAGGCCCUGCUGGUCCAGGGGAACGGGAGUGACGUGUCGCUGCGCGUGGAGACCCCCAACGCUGACGAGGUGAAGGUGAUCCAGGCCCACGCCCUGGUGCUGUCCCUGCAGAGCCCCGUGUUCCAGGAGCUGCUGCAGGGCAGGAACAGCAGCACGGUGGUGCUGAGGGAGAGCUCCGACUGCGCCGCUGUGUUCGACAGGUUCAUCAGGUAUCUGUACUGUGGAGAGAUUUCUCUCCGUUUGGACCAAGCCACACCUCUGCACAAACUGGCCACAAAGUACCAGGUCCCGAGUCUUCAGCAGGGCGUCACCCACUACAUGACCCAGAACCUGGCCCGGGAUUCGCCGUCGGGUCAGGUGGCAGGCUGGUACGAGUACGCCCUGCAGGCGGGGGACGUCACCCUGAGGGACAGCUGCCUGCAGUACCUGGCCUGGAACCUGUCGUCGGUCCUGCAGAGYGGGGAGUGGGCCGGCAUCAGCAGCCAGCUGCUCAUGACGCUGCUGCAGCGCUCCGACCUGGUCCUGCACAGCGAGGUGGAGCUCUUCACGGCGCUGGAGGCCUGGAUCAUCCAGAACCAGCCGGACGGUUUGACGGCGGAGAACGCUCUGAGGGCCGUGCGUUACGCCAUGAUGCCCCCGCGGGAGCUGUUCCGCCUGCAGACCCAGUCCUCAGUCCUGGCCCGGUACCAGGAGUCGGUGCGCGACCUGCUCUACAUGUCCUACCAGUUCCACUCAGCGUCGCCGCUGCAGAUGGCCAAAUACUUCGAYGUGAACUGCAGCCUCUUCGUGCCCAGGAACUACCUGUCCGCGGCGUGGGGGUCUCAGUGGAUCAUCAACAACCCGACCCGGGACGACCGCAGCACCAGCUUCCAGACCCAGCUGGGUCCGAGCGGCCACGACGCCAGCAGGAGGGUGACGUGGAACGCCCUGUUCUCGCCACGCUGGUUGCCCCUCAGCAUGAGGCCCAUGUACACGGAGACGGGCGCCAUGCAGCCCACGCGCGUYGAAGGCGGCCGCCCCCGGAUCAUCAUCACCCCGGCCACCUCCAGCGCCGACUUCGCCGGCGUCAACUUCCAGAAGACGGUGCUGGUGCUGGCCCAGCAGCAGGGCCGGCUGCUCGUCAAGCACGUCUACAACUUUCACCAGAGCACCGAGGAGAACGGCGACUUCCUGUCCGAGGCCAGCCUGCACCGCCGGACGUCCGAGUACCUCGUGGACGGAUCGCUCUUUCUGCACGUGGUGGUCAAACCGCUUUACCAGACCCUGAUAACCACAAAGAACUGACCCGCUCACCCUUCGCUCUGACGUUUGGACCUCCCGUCCCGUCGUGUAAAAGUGCUGAAAAAGAACUUUUCUCUCAAAGUCUGGUUCUGAUCGAAACUUUCUUACUGUCAACACGAAAUACAGCUAAUGUGGAUAAAUCCGCCGGUAAAAGUAGUUCCAGUUAAAAUAAAGCUUUCUAAAAAUUCYUAAACUAAAUAAAAUCAUUUUUUAAAAAUAACAAAUCAACCAUAAUCGUAAAAACGUGUUUUUGACAGUAAGAAAACAUCAUCAGCAGGUUUUUCUUCUUUAACRUUGGUGCUAAUGAAUCCAUUUACAUGAAGAGUUACGACCCGUUAGCUCUGAUUUAAUCAUUUAAUGAUCAAAAAUAUGAUUUUAAUUUGAGUUUUUACACAAAAAUAACCUGAAGGUUUUAAAUGUUGAAGAAAAGUUCAGUAAUUAUUCUUCAGCAGUAAAUUAACAUCCUAAAGAAGUUAGUUUCAGGAAGAUUUAAAUGUAAUUUUAGAUUUUUAAAAAGUAAUUUUUGGUCAUUGAAUCGG